AUGCCCGCCUACAAAGCCGUUCCCGGAGCAGCCCAGCGGUACCCUCUCAAUGAACCAGCCAUUGGCACCGCCUAUCCAGAGAGUGUCUAUCCGCAGAAUGCGCAGUUGCCUCUGCUGUUUCAGCCGUUGACCAUCAAGGGAAUGACGUUCAAGAACAGGAUCUGGGUCUCUCCUAUGUGCCAGUAUAGCUCGGACAAUGGCUAUGCAACCGACUGGCACCUUGCACACAUCGGCGGACUUGCAACUCGUGGGGCUGGGGCAAUCUGCAUGGAGGCGACGUCUGUCGUCCCUGAAGGCCGUAUCUCCCCAGCGGACGCGGGCCUCUGGGAGGACGGACAAAUAGAACCGCUCAAGCGUAUCGUCAGCUUCGCCCAUGCUCACGAUACUCUGAUCGGUAUCCAGCUUUCCCAUGCUGGGAGGAAGGCAUCGACCCAGGCACCCUGGGUGCACUCGGGCCUCGGACAUGGUCACAGCUGGGUUGCUACUGAAGAGGAGGGUGGCUGGCCCAAUAACGUCUGGGGACCGUCUGCUAUCAAGUUCUCCGACACAUAUCCUCAGCCGAAGGAGAUGGACGAGGCUCACCUCCAGUACGUCGAGGACGCAUGGAUCAAGGCUGUGGAGCGCUGCGAGAAGGCCGGAUUCGACUUCAUAGAAGUGCACGCCGCACACGGCUACCUUCUGCACGAAUUCGUGUCGCCGCUUUCUAAUGUGCGCACCGACAACAACGGCGGCGAGCCUCUGGAAAACCGGCUUCGCUUCCCCCUCCGCCUGAUAUCGCGCCUCCGCGCGGCCUGGGACAAGCCUCUCUUCGUGCGCGUGAGCGCCACUGACUGGGCCGAAGGCCCGGAGAAGGGCGAGGAUGGCCUGUGGAAGCAGUGGGGAAUCGAGCAGACGAAGUUCUACGUCGGCGAGAUGCAAAAGAUCGGCGUAGACUUGAUUGACUGCAGUACGGGCGGAAACUGGGUGCACCAGCAGAUCCCCGUGGGACCCGGCUAUCAGGUCCCCUUCGCAGAAGAGCUCAAGAAGGCCUACCCUAACCUCCCCGUCGGCGCAGUCGGUCUUAUCACUGAGCCCGACCAGGCUGACGGUAUCCUCAAGGACGGCAAGGCCGACGUCAUCUUCCUCGCGCGCGCACUCAUUCGGGACCCGCACUGGCCCGUGUUUGCUGCUGCGAAGUUGGGCGUCGCGGUCAAGCCUGCGAACCAGUACGAGCGCGGCUGGUCCGAUAUGCUCGACCACACCGUCAUAAACUCGAAGAAGUAA